AAUAAUGUGUGCUUAAAAUGAAAAUGUCCUGUACACCUGACAGCGAAGACGUGAGUCAUGGCAGGGGCUUUAGUGGAGCAGGACAGGAGCUCCAACUCCUCUAGCAACCAUACAGCAUCGACUCUUAUGGGACCACUCAGCUGCAGCAACGAUGAGUCGUACAAGUACAUUGUCCUGCCUCUGUGCUACUCUGUCACGUUCUUGCUGAGCGUUGUGCUCAACUCCACCGUCAUCCUGCGCUCGUACCGCAGUGCGCGCCGGUGGAACGCGUCGCUGAUCUACAUGGUCAACCUGGCAUCUACUGACCUGAUGUACAGCAUGUCUCUGCCGCUGCUGGUGGCCAGCUACGUCAUGCGUGACCACUGGGUGUUCGGGGACUUCAUGUGCAGACUGGUGCGCUUUCUCUUCUAUUUUAAUCUCUACUGCAGUAUAUUUUUCCUCACUUGCAUCUCUGUGCACCGCUACAUGGGCAUUUGCCACCCUAUGCGGACCAUUGUGCUGGAGAGCAAGCGCGCUGUGAAGAGCACGUGCGCCAUGGUGUGGGUUGUGGUGUUUCUGCUCACUUGCCCUAUCUUCCGUUUCGCCCAAACUGGCAAAGUCAUGAGUGUGGUCGAAAAUGGAGCCGCGGAGUAUGGAGGUGCAAACCUAGGGUCGACAGAGAGACUGGACAGAGCAGAGCCAGAGACAUACACCAACUGUUACGACGUGGCGACAGACAGUGAGUUUUCAGAGUACGUCCCAUAUGGAGUCGUUCUUCACCUGCUGGGGUUCUUCGUUCCUUUCACUGUCAUUGGGUGGUGUUACUCACAGGUUGUGCGCACCAUUUUCCAGACCCUGCACGCCCAGGAGUAUGCACAAGAGGGUGGCGACGCCGAUGCAGGGCCCGGCGGGAGAAGGCAUGCCACAUCCAUCUCCAUCUCCGGCGCUCAGUACGCGCCGUACAUCAGCCGGCGCCGCAAGUCCAUCAAAACCAUCGUCACCAUCACCUUCCUGUUUGCACUGUGUUUCCUGCCAUUCCACAUCACGCGGACGCUGUACCUCAUCCUGAAACAGGCCAACGCGGAGUGCCAGACCAUGCAUGCCAUCUCCAUCUGCUACAAGAUCACUCGACCACUGGCAUCUUUCAAUUCGUGGCUCAAUGCUCUCCUCUACUUCCUAACUGGGGACAACGGCAUCCAUUGCUGUGGAUGGACGGAGAGCAGCAAUCCGGCACACCUUGCCUGGCCAUUACGAAUUCUUGGUGGCGUGAAAAGGGCAGAGGGGAGAGAGCAUGGGAAAGAUUGCACAAACCACAAUCAUGAAAAUGACUCCAAAUCCUCAGUGAUCACUCAGGCAACUGUAAAUGGCACUGAGCCCUGUGCGUGGUGGAUUUCAUAUGAAUUGUCUGUGUCCGAGUUUGAAUGAUAUUCCUGUAUUUAUUGUUACUAGCAUUUUUCCUGUUCAAAUUGUAAUAUAUAAUGUGGCUGCAUUUUACCAACUUAUUAUUAGGUGUGGUCACCAUACUGAAAUAUGAAUUAACACAUGCAUCCUAUAUUAAGACAUUAUGUAGCACUUUAGUAUUGUGACCAUAAUUUUUUUUUUUUCUUGAAGUUAGCCUUGUAAGACUGUUUAAAGCCAAAAUACUACUUGUGGCCUUUCUUUAAAGACUGUAUAAAUCAAAUAUGCUAGACCCAUAUCUAACACUGGUUGUAUACACUGCUUAAUGUUUUCAUUUAACUCCAGUGUUAAAGACAGAAAAUGAUUGUUGUUUUAUGCAGGAAAUAGGAUGUAAUGAAAUUGCUGAUGGAAGUAACACAGAACAGUAAAUUAAUUUAAAAAGGUAAAAGGAAGCAAGUUACAUUCAUAGCAUGUGAUCAAGAAACAUAUUAUAAAAUACCUUUCUGCCUCUCCUGACCUGAU